AUGCGUCGUGAAGAGACUGCGCUGGAAGCCGAACAAGGGCCUGCGUUGCCUCCACCGGCGUAUCACCAACCAAACAACCAAUCUUACCCCCCGCCUCCAAACGGCGGCGGCGACGACUUCGAAUCCAUCCCAACGAACCACGUUUCCGUCACUGACGUAAACUCCAUUUCCGGGGUAUGGACAAUUGACACUUCUUGGGUCCCUCCACGGAAUGCGUUUGGAGCUGAUUUUUCCGUCCCGUUUCAUGGAGAUGAGAGCCGAAAUAUCACUCUUCAAUCAGAGUCUGGCUCCAUUGAAGCAAAGAUACGUUUAGUAGGCGAUAAUCAGGACGCUGCUGUGUUCAAUCUAGAGACAAAGAAUUCGGACAUAAAUGUCUCAGUUGUCUCCCGAUGGAAUCAACAACCAUUCGUACUCUAUGUGACGUCCACUUCUGGAAAUCUGGAAAUUAGGGUCCCUCGAGACUUCCACGGAUCCAUCAUUCAUGAAACGGCUUCGUCGACGUACACGACCUUCUCCCCCGGAGUGAAUCCACAUCGCACAACUAUUUCAAUGAUCAAUGGAAGCGGGAAAACAUUUGUCGCCCGUCAUAAAGAGGGAGAUACCAAGCGCCAGAGCGCCAGUGAAUGGACUGGUGAUCGAAUUGUCGCAAAGACCGAGCGAGGAUGUAUUUACUUUGCCUACGAAGAUGAGCCUCAACGCUCCGUCAUUGGUGCUUUCUUCAGGAAACUAUUCGGUUAGAACAUUGGUUUUCUAAGGAACAUUACACCUGGAUUCUCCCUACCGAAGGGACUUUCUUCCUGGCAUCCAAACACUGGUUCGGAUUCAUAUGUGUCAUUGUACUUGUAACACACGCUACUCGAUUGAUGAGAUUUCACCGGCACCUGGCGAGUAUUCCGGCCACGGAGCGAUCGAGUG